UCUUUUUGCGAUCACACGAUUCACCUGGCAGAGCAUUGACUCUACCAUGACAAUGCCAUGGUUUCCUGCAGUGCUUCUCGUGCUCGUUCUAAUCCUGCUAGUAGUCUACCUACAGUUCCGGUGGCGCUACAGACAUAUCCUGGCAACCGCUUCCCAGCUGCCUUGUCCUCCGACAUUACCUUUGCUGGGAAACAUCCCCUUGCUUCUCUCCUCUAGUGACAGAUUCAGUUCGUCAAAGAAUAUAUUUAGGAGCGUGGAAAAGUUCAAGGGCCUAUUCUGCAUAUGGGUCGGGCCAUUUCCUCUUUUCGUUGUAAAAGAUCCUGCUAAUGCUCAGAUCAUUCUUAAUAGCUCUGGUACGAUAGAAAGAGAUGAUAUGUAUUCACUGUUUAGAACAUUUUUGGGCAACGGCCUUCUUUCAGCUCCAGCUCAUAUAUGGAAGAAAUACAGAAAGCUGAUAAACCCCGUUAUGCACGCUUCUAAUGUGGAAAACUUCCUUCCGGUGUUCAAUGACGUCGGGAGAAAGUUGACAGAAAGGUUUGCUGCCAGCACUGCACCAUCUGAUCACUCAGACGAUAUUUUUGACUUAGCUUUGGAUGCUACAACGAGAACAGUUAUUUCAAAAAGCCGGUAUACUGACGAAACAAAGAAGGAAGUAAAAUAUUUAAUACCUAGAGUCGGAGGAAUGUUCAUCUUGCGACUAUUCAAGGUUUGGCUACAUGUUGACUGGCUCUUCAGAUUAUUGUACCGGAAAGAGUUAAAGGAGAUCUUCAAAAAGUACGAUUAUCUCAUGGACAUAAUCAACAAGGGAUGGAAAGAGGAAGAUAAUAUCCGAAGAGGGAUUGCAAGUCCAGAUCAAAGUAUUGAGCGUUUGCCUGGAAUAAACCUAGUGGAUGUAGCUUUUGACAAUCUCCCGAUGACAUCAGAGGACCACGACUGGAAGGACGAGUUUUGCACCUUAGUAGCAGCCGGGACCGACACUGUUCAUGAGUCUUUGUGUUUUCUGCUGGUGACAUUAGGGCACCAUCCAGAAGUCCAGGACAGUAUCUUUGAGGAGAUACAGAGAGUUAUGGGUGACCUUGACCGUGACGUCACUGUUGCUGACGUCAGCGCCAUGACCUACCUGAACCAGGUCAUCCUAGAGAGCAUCAGACUUCAUGGGAGCAUCUCAGCAAUUAUGAGAAAGGCAACACAGGAUACAAAAUUGCCUGGAUGCACGCUGCCGGCCGGAAGUCGCAUAUUAAUAGCACUCCAAGCAAUGGGUUAUGAUAAAGAACAGUUCCCAAAUCCGAAACAGUUUCUGCCUGAACGGUUCUCUCCAGAGAAGCAAAAGGAACGACACAACUACUCUUUCGUGCCGUUCAGUGCUGGUCCUCGUAACUGUAUAGGGAAGUCGUACGCAAUGAUCAUGAUGAAGACAGUCCUGGUCCAUAUCCUGCGCCGUCUGCGGGUUACGUCACAUACUAAUUUGUCAGAUAUCAAGUACGAAAUGAAGGUCGUGAUGCACCACAAGUCUCCACUCCUAGUCUCGUUCCAUUCAAGAUAAACAAGAUUUGAUUCAGUCUUAAACGUGGGAUUCAUACCACUACUCAAGAUCAAUGGUUUUCAUACGUCUUAAAUUACCAUGGAGCGUUCUCAGAAACUCUAAAUUAAAAGGAAAACUCCUUAGUAAUACUGGUAUACGUUAGUUUUUAAUCGUACAUUCACAUGUGCUAUUCAUAUUUUAAUAAAAUACAAUUGGAAUAGUA